AUGCCAAACUCAACACCAGUGAUGGGAAAGCCUGUCCAGGCGAUACACGUGGGUUUAGAUGGAUUGGCGAUACCUACGACGUCCGCUCGUCACCCAACGGCUUUGAACAAUGCGAAUAAUAAAGGGACGGGAAAUUACUCGUCCAGGGGCAGACCAAGCUUGGUAGAUAUAUUAGGUGCGAGUGAAACGUCUCCGCCUGUGAGCUCGGGUAUUAGUAGCCAUCCAACUGUGGCCAGUAACGCAACACCGUUAAAUAACGAACGCUCAUCUGGUACGGCGGAAACUCGGCAUAGCUCUGUACCAGUACACAGUGGUAACAAGGUCAGUUCACAGUCUCCUACACAUUUUGCAGUUCUCCCGCAUGUAUCAAGUGGUCCCGAAUUGGCCUCCGGAUCUACCAAUUCAACGACAAGCAGCGUGCAAAUCUGUCAACGGAUGGACGAAGUCAGUGCACGCAUGAUAGCGAUGGAGGAAAUGGUCACCAAGCUUUGCUGCAAGAUCACAGACCAGGAAACGACAAUUCAGCGGCUGCGGCAACAGAGCGAACAAUUUUCAAACACUAUUUUAUCCGAGAUUCGCCAGAUCAAUCACAGCAUGCCGGUUCUGGAUAACCCAGACGACAACGAAAAAGAUGGCUUUGUCACGGAUCUGCUGAAUUCCAUCACGAAUGUGAGCUCCAACUAUCUGAAGAGAGUCAAUUCAAAACACACACAAAAAUACAAGCGGCAGCGCUCUUCCUUGAGUGAGCCGGAGGGUCCUUCAUCAAAACAGCACAUAGCUUCUCCCCCGGCACAGACCUCUUUACAUGGAACUGAGAGGAAUACCAAUAAUAACACUAUGACACGACAACGCUCCCAGGCUACUGAAAGACAGGUGCUUUCAGGUACUCAAACCACCAAUACCCCCGCUUCUUCCACCUUGGCACUGCCGACAUAUCUCACCCAACAGUCAUUUACCUUGAAUCCAAACGGCAUCAAACGUAGGAGAGCUAAUACAGUGGCAAACAACAACACGCUGACAUCCAUACCGGGACAUCCCGAUUUUGGUGCUUCUUCGAAUGGUUUGGGAUCGACAAGUCUACCCAAUAUUACUCUGGAAAACAUGUCCCGAAAGUCUGGCUCGCAUACAAACAACAGCUUUUAUCCUUCAAUGAUAGCUGCUACUGAUGCCAAUGUAAGAAACCGAAGUCGGCCCAUUGAUAUACAGGUGGGUUCAGAUAGCGCGUUGGGCACGGAUUCGUCAGAUGAAGAAGACGGGUAUCAAGAAGAAGACGAGGAUCAUAAUAGCGACAGUUUUGGAGCCCAGCUGGACACACGGAUGACCACGAAUUCACGCAGUGCCCUGGGCAGGCCUCAGGAAAUGAACUACGAGUCAGCUUACGCUGAUUUUUUUGAGCUGUCCGCUCAAAAUAUGUCGCGGUCCAAUAGCAGCCGAUUACAGCACGAAACGGCUGCACAUCAACCGCUGGCAAGAAAUUCACGGAGGGCGAACUUCAAGAGUCACGAGCGCGACAUGAACUAUACGUUACUGAAGGCGCCUGCAAACGUCAGAGCCAUAUGGCAGGAGUAUAUCGAAGGUAUAAACGGAUGUCCAUCUGUGAAGUUUCUAGAAGACGCUUACGGGAAUAAAUGGAGACUGAAGAAGAACGUCAAGACGUUUGCAAGAAGGAAAAGGCUCUACAAGUUCAUCUUGAACGGUUUGAAGCGGGGCCACAGCGCUGAUGAGAUGAUUGAUCUUCUGGAAAACCGAAGAAUCUACAAAAACGAGCAUGGAGAGGUGAAGAAACGAACCAUUGGAUGGCUACAACAAAGCUUGAGUGGUAUUUGA